AUGUCGACGGGAAAGAAGAAGGUAGCAGAGCGGACCACCGCUGUAGACAGUCUGGAGGACGGCGAACUAAACAAGGAUGACAAAAACAAAAGUACGGCUAAUAAGCAUAAACAACGCGGACCUACGACAUCCAAUUCGCCUGCCAAGACCUGCGCGGCGACGGACUCGUUCGUGAGCGCCGCGAGAGUAGUGGCAUUGAGGCAUUCGGUUAAUGAGCAUCACGACGGUAUCUCUAAGCUGCUCCUGUCCAGCAAGGAGUCUCUCGAAAAGCGCAUGUUGAUCGAGUCGGCUUUCCGUGAAUGUAAGGAAGCGUUCGUAGAACUCUCAACUGCAUAUCUCAAUCUAAUAGAGAACAAUUCACAAUCACAGCAAACAUGGCUUACUGAGACUAUAAGAGGUACCGUCGAUGACGCGUUGAACGAUAUCUGCGAUAGGCUUGUUGCCAGCAUAUCGGACGAAAUCUCAACAUUGCGGGAAUCUGGGGAUGCUGGUGCAUCUUCAAUACCAUCAUAUGCGGCUGUCACCGCAGGCAAAUCCAGUGCGGGACCGACUAGCGACCCCGCAAUGGAGACGCCAAAGACAAAAACUACGAAUUUUAUAAUCACCCCGAGGGAGGGUUUCUCCGCGAGGUACGGGUCGUCUGGUGACACAAGGGAUGCACUGCAGGAAGCAAUAAAGCCAUCAGAAUAUAAUCUUAGGGUUAACAGAAUUUCGUCGACUAAAAAUAACGGAGUUCGCAUUGAGGCACUUACGGUGGACCUGCCAAAAAUCAAAAACUCGAAAAAGCUAGAAAAUGCGGGUCUAGAGCUGACGCACGAGGGAAAGGUCGACCCUAGACUCUUGAUUCGCGGGGUGCCAGGUGACAUGUCAGUAGAGGAGAUAAAAUUUAAUAUCAUCUCCCUAAAUCUCUAUAAUUCUGCAGCGUCCAAGGUCAGAGUGGUGUACAUGUUUCCCUGCAAAAAUAACAGACACAACACAAACUGCGUCAUAGAAGUCCCUCCAGACGUGCGUACAACACUGCUAAAGAAGAAAACUCUAUUCAUCGGAUACUCUGCCUGCGAAGUCACAGACUACGUGAGAGUGCUACAAUGCUACAGAUGCUUGGCUUUCGGACAUCAAGCGAAGAAUUGUCGUUUCGCACCGCUGUGUGGUCAUUGUGCAAAGGACCACGAAACAAAAGAAUGCCCUGUUAAGGACAAAAGACUCAAAACACUCAGCGUUGGACAACAGAAACUGUCCCAUACUACGGAAAAGAAUAUCGGAGAGGAUUAG